AUGGCUCCUCAACAACACAAAGUUGCCAUCAUUGGCUCUGGCCCUGCAGGCCACACUGCUGCUGUUUACCUUGCUCGUGCCAACAUGGAGCCCAUUCUCUUUGAGGGUAUGAUGGCCAAUGGCUUCGCUCCUGGUGGUCAGCUUACCACCACUACCGAUGUCGAGAACUUCCCUGGUUUCCCCGAGGGCGUCCUUGGUGGUGAAUUGAUGGACAAGAUGCGUGCCCAAUCCGAGAAAUGCGGUACUAAGAUUGAGACCGAGACCAUUACCAAGCUUGACUUGUCGGCUCGUCCUUUCAAGAUCUGGCGUGAGGGAUCCGAGAACAAUGAGGAGCCCACUGAUAUUGCCCAAGCUGUUGUCUUUGCCACUGGUGCCUCUGCUCGUCGUAUGGACCUUCCUGGUGAGGACAAGUACUGGCAAAAUGGUAUCUCUGCUUGUGCUGUUUGUGAUGGUGCCGUUCCUAUCUUCCGCAACAAGCCUCUUGUUGUCGUUGGUGGUGGUGAUAGUGCUGCUGAGGAAGCUAUCUACCUUACCAAGUAUGGUUCCCAUGUCCACGUCCUUGUUCGUCGUGAUGUUCUUCGUGCUUCCAAGGUUAUGGCCAACCGCCUUCUCAAGCAUCCCAAGGUCACCGUUCACUUCAACACCGUCGCCACUGAAGCUAAGGGUGAUGGCAGCCUUUUGACUGCUGUUGCUACUCGUGAUACAAAGACUGGUGAGGCUGGUGAAAUCCCUGCUAGCGGUCUUUUCUACGCUAUUGGUCACGUGCCUGCUACUGAACUUGUCAAGGGCCAAGUUGAUCUUGAUGAAGAGGGCUAUGUUAAGACCGUCCCUGGUUCUUCUCAAACCAGCGUUCUUGGUUUCUAUGCCGCUGGUGAUGUUCAAGAUAAGCGUUACCGCCAAGCCAUUACCUCGGCCGGUUCCGGUUGUAUGGCUGCUUUGGAUGCUGAACGAUACCUUACCGAGCUUGAGGAAGAGGGUACUGCUCAAUAA